AUGGCUUCUACUUCUUCAACCCGUCCCAGCUAUGAUGUUUUUAUUAGCUAUAGAGGCAAAAAUAUUCGAGAUGGUUUUGUCUCCCAUCUCUUGAAUGCUUUCCAGCAAAAACAAAUCAAUGCCUUCUUGGAUGAAAACCAUUGUAAAGGAGAAGAUAUCUCACCAGCUCUCUUGGCAACAAUUGAAGAAUCAUAUGUCUCAGUAGUGAUUUUCUCUCAAAAUUAUGCCGAUUCUUCAUGGUGCUUGGAUGAGCUUGUGAAGAUACUUGGAUGCAGGAAAACAUUAGGACAAUUAGUCCUACCAGUUUUUUACCAUGUAGAUCCAACUGAUGUUCAAGAGCUGGGAAUUUUGGGGAGGCAUUUACUAUUGCUAAGCAUGGAGAAGAACUCAAAGGCUGUUUAG